UCGGCAUCUCACGCUGAAUAUGUUACCGGAAGUGAUUGAAGACAUCAGUCGCUGUCGUCAAGUCGUCGAAAUGUUAUCACAUGAACAAGUCUUGGCAGUAGACUGUGAAGGAAUACAGCUGGGCGUGGAUGGCCCCUUGACUCUGGUACAAGUCGGAACCUACUCCGGGGAAGUGUAUCUUUUUGAUAUCCAUGCAAACAGGGAACUUUUGAAAAAAGGGCGACUAGGGAAUAUAAUGGAAUCGAAAGGCAUUGUUAAGGUCAUGCAAUCCUGCUCCAAUGACAGCGCUGCAUUGCAUUUCCAGUUUGGUGUUACGCUUCGAAAUGUAUUUGACACCCAGGAAGCACACCUUCUAAUUGAAGAGCACAAAGGCAGGCAACUAGCUCCUCCACUUAAACUAGAUGACAUCUGCAAGAUUUACUCUGGUAAGAAAGGCGUGUCUGAAUUCAAAGAAGACAUUCGUGCUGAGUGGAUAAAACGAGCCGGGGGUUUCUGGUCACAAAGACCAAUGACAGAAGAAAUGAUCAUGUAUGCUGCUGGUGAUGUCACCUCCCUAAUUCCAGAAGUUUAUGAGAACCAGAGAGAGUAUCUGGAAAGUAAUGGUCUGAUGAGCAAAUUCCAAGAGAGGGUCGGUGAAGAAAUUAAUUAUUUAAUUGAUCCAUGCAUGAAAGCUCGAAGAGAAGAGAGAAUAGAAAGUACAGUGAAGAGGAUAGUGGCAAGUAUAAGUUCCACCUGUCCAAGAAAUGCCAGAAUCUCAGAUUUUGAAGACGAAGGAGAUGAGUACAGAGCAAUCCAAAGACUGGAUUUUACGGAAGCAGAAUUGCUGUCCCCAUUGAUGAGUCGUUUAAAAACAGAACAAAUCAUGAAAGAACUAAAUGAUAUAAAAGAAAAGCUCGCAACGGAGGGAGAAUCUUUCUAUGUACGAUGGCGUUCAGGAUUUCGCUUGAGAAACUACCAAAGACAUCCAAAUGAAGGAAUACGAAAAAGGUCAAAAGAAAUACUGGAGAAGAUAUAUGACAUUGCUCUUAAAUAUAUAUAUAAAAAGUAUGACAUGGAUACGUCACUAAUCUAUGUGAGUGGCUUUGAGAAAGAGGCACUCAGAAGUCUGCGGCCGACCGGAGAGAACGACCCCAGCGUCAACAAGAUAGCACUGCGCCUGUACUGGAUGAUAAUGGAGGAAGACCUACGGAAAAAGGUGGAGGAUUUCCGAACGAAACAAAUAAACUUCACUAUUCCAGAGGGUUACUACAAAAGGAUGAAGUUCUUCGCUGCAAGAAGAAGCAACGUACCAAAAACUUUAAAAAUGGUGGCUACAAGAUUUUUAGAUGAUCUUGAUCAAACAUUCGGAUAUAGAGUAGUUCCUUUCUCUUCUUAAACAAAAAAAUUUGUUUUAAGAACAUGUUCAUGAAUUACUUCUUUCAAAUUAGAACUUGCAGGCACGAUUCGUAAUUAUAAAAUAUAAACCCAUGUUUUUAUUUAUUCAGAUAAAAUUAACAACUUUACAAAUGAAAAUGAAUAUUAAUGCUCAAAAACGAGGUUCUCUGUCAC